ACCGGUGCCGUGAGUCAAGUAAAUUGCUCCAGAUCCGGAUUUCGACGAGGAGAUAUUCUCUGAGGAACCACCUCAAUGGCUUGUCGACAACGCAGCAGCGCUUCCAGAAAACGAUUAUUCCGAUCAUGAAACUAUUGAGGAUACUUCGGGUGAUGAGUCCGUUAACAACGAAAUGUUGAAUCAAAGAGAAGACCUGCCGAGGCCCAUAAUGGUUGAGGACGAAUCCAAUCACUCUUCAUCGCUUGAUGCUAAUGUGAAUGCAGAAGUGACACAUUUCACUGGUCUUGAGGAAAGAAGAGAAGACGCCUCACAAACCAACAAUAUUGAAGUAAAUGUAGAAGUGAGACAUUUCACUGGUCUUGAGGAGAGAAGGGCAGACGCCUCACAAGCUAACGAUAUUGAAAACUUGCCGAUGCCGAAUGUGAAUGAAGACGAAUCUGAUCACUCUUCGUCACUGGAUGCUAAUGUCCAACUCAAAGGCGAAGUGAACCAGAAAACAACCGUGGAGUUAGCGCAGCUGCUGUAACGGAAAGGAUGUCCAAAUCUCAGAGGCAAAAUAAACGACGAAAGGCCAUGCGAAAAAAAGCGCGGUUGCGACGAUGGGAAGCGGCAAAUAGUGAAAUCACGGAACUUCAACAACGACUGGCAGCAGCAGAAAACCGUCUACAAAAUAUAGAGGAUAAUGGUUUAUGUAAGGUGUGUUAUUUAACAAGGGCAACACAUCUUUACUGGCCUUGUGGGCACUGCUGCAUUUGCCACGAAUGCGCUGACAGGUUGUGGAACACACUUUCUGAGCGACGCUG